AUGGACGGUGACCAACGUAUCAAAAUCAGCGGAUGGCGAAAGAAACAGCAAACACUCAACUUGAACUUUGAUGACCCCGCCUCGUUCCGCCCGCUCGCCAUGGGCAAACAUCCAAAUCUGCUCUGGCCCCACGCCACCCGACAAGGAUGGAUGACCAAACACAUGCCACCUGCGUUUUCAUUCACAAAGACGCGACACCGACGCUAUGUUCUACUUGUCGACCGCCUUAUUUACACGUUCAAAACCGACACUCCCAAGCACGAUUUUCGCGAGUUCUUUGAGCUGACGCAAAACACGAAUAUCUUUGUCACAGAUCAGUUCCCGUCCGUGCUGUAUUGCUUGGAGAUCCAACGUAUGGAAGAUGGCCGUACUUGGUAUCUGCAAGCUGAAGAUGCAAAUGACAUGAAGCGUUGGAUGGACCGGUUAAAACGGACGAUCCAAUGGCUGAGGUUGGAAGAUGUCUCUUCGUCUGAUUCGGCGUCGUCGUAUUGUGAUAACAACAACAGCAACGACAGAAAGCGGUUUUCAGCCUACAGUUAUCAUACACCACCACCUCCUCCUCCACAGCACCCACCGCCAUCAGGGCCACCACCGCCCAUCCCUGCUGCAUACCAUUACUCUGCAGAGCGUCAGAUUUCAGUAGAGCAUAUGACGACAUCAGCCGCUGCUGCUGCUUCGGCGGCCCUCGUGUCGCCCACAGCAGCCAAUACAAGACGGCCUUCUCGUUUGCCCGAUGUGCUUCCUCCUCAGCUACCACCACCCACAUGUACGCUACCGUCUCCACCACCUCCAAUGCGAUGA